AGCAACUUUACGAUUUAUUUUUACGAUUUUAAGAAUUGCGGCUAUUCGAUUGGAAAAGGCAAUUUCAAAGUGAAUGAUCCUGAAUUCGCUGAGGCAAUUGGUGAUAAAAAAUUGAGCAAUAUCUUAGAAAAUCAUCAGCGUUUGGGUGAUAAUCAUAUGGGACCACUGCGUGAAAAGAACAUUGAAAAUAUGACGCUAAAUUUUGGACCACAACAUCCAGCAGCGCAUGGUGUACUAAGAUUAGUUUUGCAACUCGAAGGUGAGGUUAUUAUCAAGGCUACUCCUCACAUUGGCUUAUUACAUCGUGCAACUGAAAAGCUAAUUGAACAUAAAACAUAUGCUCAAGCACUACCAUAUUUCGAUCGGCUUGAUUACGUGUCGAUGAUGUGUAAUGAGAAUGCAUUCUCACUGGCUGUGGAAAAAUUACUCGGUAUCAAUAUUCCUCCACGUGCAAAAUACAUUCGAACUAUGAUGAGUGAAAUCACUCGACUUCAAAAUCAUAUUAUGGGAAUUACCACUCAUGCGCUUGAUAUUGGUGCAAUGACACCACUAUUUUGGUUGUUCGAGGAGAGGGAAAAACUUUUCGAGCUAGUAGAGCGCGCAUCUGGAGCACGAAUGCAUGCAAAUUAUGUUCGUCCUGGUGGUGUGGCAUGGGAUUUGCCUCUUGGUUUGAUGGACGACAUUUAUGAUUGGUGUGUUAAAUUUCCACAGCGAAUCGAUGAAUUGGAGGAUAUGUUGACAGAAAAUCGAAUAUGGAAGGCUCGGACAAUUGAUAUAGGCUUGGUUUCUGCUAGUGAUGCACUGAACUGGGGUUUUUCGGGCGUAAUGCUUCGUGGAUCGGGUAUCAAGUGGGAUGUACGUAAGGCCCAGCCUUAUGAUGCUUAUGAUGAAGUUGAAUUUGAUGUUCCUGUUGGUACUAAAGGGGAUUGCUAUGAUAGGUAUCUUUGUCGCGUUGAAGAGAUGCGGCAGAGCCUCAAAAUUGUUCACCAAUGUUUGAAUAAAAUGCCUACGGGUGAAAUCAAAAUUGAUGAUCAGAAAAUUGUUCCUCCUAAACGAGCCGAAAUGAAGGAAAGUAUGGAGUCGUUAAUCCACCAUUUCAAGCUUUUCAGCGAAGGUUUUCAAGUUCCUCCCGGUGCAACUUAUACUUCUGUUGAAGCACCGAAGGGAGAAUUUGGUGUCUAUUUGGUGUCUGAUGGGUCUUCAAAACCCUAUCGAUGUUACAUCCGUGCGCCAGGUUUUCCACAUAUCGCUGCUAUUCAUGAAAUAUGCUACAUGGCUUUGCUUGCUGAUGUGGUCGCUGUUAUUGGGACACUUGAUCUCGUUUUCGGUGAAGUGGAUCGUUGA